CCACUGGUCUUGCUCGUUCCAUCCGAUAGAGCUUGCUGUGGUCGCUGCCUCCCUCGCCUGGCUCCUCUCGACUCCUCCCCGUCUGUGUAUCAACUCUGACGGGUCACGUUACUGGAGGAAGGGGGGUGUUUUAGUCGUUGUGGAGACACUGCGCUCCCUUCCGACGACUCACUAUCUGCCUUUACUUACUGUCAAAUAUUACUCGGAGACUUUACGGGAAAGUGGAACGAACUCGUCAACCGAACGGGAAUCGGAGAAAAUCCCGGUGUCGGGAGGUACGUCACGCGGACGGCUGUAAUCCAAGCGGAGGAGCUGGAUCUCAUCGCGGGCUGAAUGACAAGCUGCGCGGCGUUAAAGGUGCACCGGAGUCUGCCGACGGACGACAUGGGAGAUAAAUAGUUGCUGCACACCCUCAGCUCGGAUUUCUCUGAAGUCAUGGAUGAGAGCUGGAAAAACUGCUUCGAAGAGGAGCUUCUUUGUCCCAUCUGCCUGAAUGUUUUCGAUGAGCCAAUCCAGCUGCCAUGCAAGCACAACUUCUGCAAGGGUUGCAUAUCUGAGGCAUGGGCCAAAGACAGCGCAGCCGUCCGCUGUCCAGAAUGCAACCACGACUACGACCAGAAGCCCACCCUGGAGAAGAACUUCAAGCUUGCCAACAUUGUGAAGCGAUUCAAUGCUCUUAACAGCGACAAGGUCCCCCCGGUGCUGCACUGCGUCCUCUGCAGACGAGGCCCCCCGCUGCCUGUCAGGAAAGUGUGUCUGCGCUGCAAGGAGCCCUGCUGCCAGACUCACAUCCAAACCCACCUGCAGCAGCCGUGCACGGCACCAGGACACCUGCUGGUGGACGCGGAGGAGCUGAGCGCCUGGACCUGUCCCAGUCAUGAGGAGUACAGGCUGCUGCACUGUGAGGAGGAGCAGGUGGCUCUGUGUCCGUUCUGCUGCCUCUCCCACUGCACGAACCAAAGACACACAGUGCGUGAUGUGGAUACACAGCGCGUGCAAAUGCAGGCCAUGCUAAUGAGGCAACAAGACCGGCUGGAGGGUCGUGUGCAGAACAUCGAUGAGCAGCUCAACAAGCUGGAGUCAGACAAGACACUGAUGAAGGACGCUGUGUCUGAGCUGAAGGAUCGUGUCAGAGCUCAGUAUCGGAGGAUGCAGGCACUGCUGGAGGCAAACCAGGAGGAGACCAUGCAGAUGCUGGAGAGCACUUACAUGAUGUAUGUGAGGAAAAACUCCCAGCAGUCUUUGCAGCUCAACGAGAAGAGGCAAGAAGCAGAAAAACUCCUGAGCUCCGUGCAAACUGUGUUCCAGAGAGUAGAGAGUGUGAACUUCAUGAAGAACACAAAACCGUACCAGCUGCUGAUGGACAGGUCAAACACACACCUCAGUGCUGCGGUCCCUUCAGUCCGAGUGGGCCAGCUCAACUCCCAUCAUUUUCUGUCGGACCUGUCUACACGAGAGAAGAACUUGCGAAAAAUGCUAGAAGAACCGUUCAAUGAAGCGUCCAUUCUCGAGCUCGUCCAGUCUCUCGGCACCUCCGCUGGCUCUCAGCUGGGGAUGAGUUCUGGACUACAGAAAAGGAAAUACAGCAUGGCCUUUCUGGAGAGCAGCACCCAAAACUCCACCUCCCAAGAUCCUCCACCUUUGCUCUACAAUGGCAAGAAGUCCUUUCUGUCCGACCAGAGCCAUCAAAUUUCCUCCAUGUAUUCUUCAGAGGUCCUCCCCCAGAAUCCUCACGGUGGCCCGGGCCACAGUCACCUCCUUGAGACCUCUGCCCAUCAUAUGAUGGGAUUGGGGUCCAGUUCCAGCCACCACUCAGGGAACUUAUUUCCAGCCUCCCACUUCGCCAGUGGAGCUUCGUCGCAACAAGCCAUGUACGAGGGGAGGAAAGUGCUCAUGUGCACGCUGAACAACUGCUGCUGCUCCCGAGCGCCCGCCGCCCGCGCCCAUCCUCCAUACCCGGCCUCAGACUCGUUCCCCUCCGUGACCUCUCAGGAGUUCCCCCCACUUCCUUCAAGCCAAACACUGCAGCAUUUUCCCAUGAGGGGGCUGGUGGAAGCCCCACAGGGUGCCAGGCACCCCGACUUCUACGGGCUGUACGGCCAGUCUUCAACCAAGCAUUACGGAACCAAGUGACAGUUUCCACACAGCCUUUCUGUCCCUUUCAUUUUGACUCAGAAAUGAUCACUUUCCUAGAGGCUUUUAUGACAGAACUAUUUUUGACAUUUGUUUUGACACCCACCUCUGCAAACCACAGUAGCACGUCAAUCACAGUCACACUCGUAAAGCCUUGUAUUUAUUUUCUGUUGCAACUGGAAGUGCUCCUAUAAGUACUUUAGUCUGUAAAAGGAGAGAAGAGUGUUUUUUUAUCAUGAGUCCCGGCAUGUGCCUAAAAAAGACUGUUAACACACUGAGUGUAUUUGCAAUUUCCGAGCUCGUGAUUAUUUCCUGUUUGUGGCUCAAGGCAUGCAGGGAGUCUCUCUGUGCACUCAGAGCCCAUGUGGCUUUAGAAAAAAAAAACAGAAAAACACUGGACUCCAAAUGCCUGUCUGGUUUUUCAUGCUUUUUUGAUAGAAGAUUGUGAAUAAACCAAAAUCUGUAAAGGGUUGACUAAAUAAAACAAGCAACACAAAUAAAGUUGACUGUAUUUUC